AUGUCUGAAGCCGGCUGCCUGCCGUUUAAACUGCUACUCACCCAGCGACUAGCACAACUUACGACACGCUUAACAGAAAAAGACCCAAACAUCGCCGACCUGCCUGUGACCAGAAGAGUGAACGAUAUUUUGCUAGAAUGUACGGACACAGAAUUGCCAAAGAUUUGCAACGUCCAAAGAAAAACCGACAGAGAAUGGUACAUUAGCAAACCACAAAUAUGCCACGAAUUAAAGGAGAACAUCAAAGCUGGAACAAGCAGUACGAUAGUGAGACCUAUGUUCCAAAGUCUCAUCUCGAACCAUUACCCAAAUCAUAAGCAAAUCUACACUGACGGAUCUAAAGACGGUGACGAGGUUGGCGCCGGAAUAACUGACACUCACGAAAAGCGAUGUUUCUCCCUCCCAAAUUAUUGCAGCGUGUACUCAGCAGAAGCUUUCGCCAUAAAAGCCGCUGUCACGAUGGUUCACGAACAAGAGGAAGCAAUUAUACUAACCGACUCAGCAAGUUGUCUUGACGCACUCCUCAGUGGAAAAUCAAAGCACCCGUGGAUCCAAUCAAUCGAACGAGAUCUACUGAAACGAAAAAUCACACUCUGCUGGAUACCUGGGCAUGCUGGCAUACCAGGCAAUGAGGAAGCAGACUUCUUAGCAAACCAAGGACGAAAAUGCACGGUUUUAAAUAUACCUGUCCCCUCUGUAGAUGUGAUACGGGGAAUAAAAACAAAAAUAUGGACAACAUGGGAACAAACAUGGCACCGUACUCAGGCAGAACUGCGAAAAAUCAAGGAGAAACCUUAUAAAUUUAACGACCGCAAAUGUGCAUCAGAACAACGAACCCUCACACGACUACGAACUGGACACACUCGACCGACUCAUGUCCACCUAAUCGAGAAGGCCCCACCCCCAACCUGUCAAUACUGCGGAGUGCAAUUAACAGUUCAGCACAUAUUGAUCGACUGUCGAGGCUUGGAGGAAAAAAGGAAGAAGUAUGGUAUAAAUGGAACACUGACAGAGAUUCUAGCCAACGACGAUGCAAAAGAAAAAGCAGUAUUAGAAUAG